CCGCAUUUUUGAAAGGCUAUGGCUUGUUUGAUCCGGCUCGUUUUCGCCAUUUCCAUCAUUUUCCUGAGUGGCUCCGACACGAAACGUUGAAUGAAGCCCGCGCCAUGUUCCACACGGGUUAUGAUUGCUACAUGAAGUGCGCUUUCCCGCUAGAUGAGCUCGAUCCCAUUCGUUGUGCUGGUCGAGGUCCCGACCGAGAGAAUCCGUCCAACAUCAAUAUCAACGACGUCUUGGGUGACUAUGCAUUGACUUUGGUCGAUGCUCUCGACACCCUGGCUAUCAUGGGCAACGCCAGUGAAUUCCAAAGAGCCGUUCAAGCCGUUAUUGACUCCGUUGAUUUUGACCGCUCCAACACAAUUCAAGUGUUUGAAGCCAAUAUUCGAGUGCUGGGCGGGCUUUUGUCGGCACAUUUGCUUAUUGAGCACGAUCCACCACUCUUUGGCUCUCUCCGACCGGCUGGAUAUAGCGGAGAGCUCCUAUCUCUAGCCCAAGACCUGGCCAACAGGCUCUUGCCGGCCUUCAAUACCUCAUCUGGGUUACCUCAUCCACGCGUCAACUUACGUCAUGGAGUUCCGCCCGACGGUUACACCGAGUCCUGUACGGCUGGUGCGGGAAGUCUGGUCAUUGAAUUUGGUAUGUUGAGUCGUCUAUUGGCAGAUCCCGUUUAUGAAUUGUAUGCCCGGAAAGCCGUUCAUGCGUUGUGGCGUCAGCGGGACGCCGACACCGGCCUAUUGGGCUAUGUACUCGACGUUCACACCGGUCGUUGGGCCACUAAACUGUCCGGCUUGGGCGCCGGAAUGGAUUCAUUUUUUGAGUAUCUACUCAAAGCUUAUAUCCUUUUCCAAGAACCGACUGACAUAGCCAUGUUCCAAGAAAUUUACGAUAGUAUAAAGUCUCAUCACCGACGUGGACGGAACCAAUGUAACAACGGCGUCGGCUAUCAUCCCAUGUAUGUUAAUGUCGAUAUGAGAAACGGAGACACAAUUAAUGAUUGGAUUGAUUCCCUCCAGGCCGCUUUUCCCGGCUUACAGGUCCUGCAUGGCGAUAUACAAGAGGCCAUUUGUCAUCAUGCCCUUUAUUAUUCAAUUUGGAAGAGGUAUGGAUGUCUUCCCGAGAGGUACAAUUGGAAAUUAGGUGCCCCUGAUGUUAAAUUUUAUCCGUUAAGACCGGAGUUUGUGGAAUCGACUUAUCUUCUCUACCAGGCCACGAAGAAUCCUUUCUAUUUACACGUGGGUCGUGAAGUGCUUCUGAGCUUGAACAACCACACCAGGACCAAUUGUGGCUAUGCCACAGUGCAUGACGUUUUGGAUAAGUCCUUGGAAGAUCGGCAGGAGUCUUUCUUUCUCUCUGAGACGUGCAAGUACCUCAUUCUACUUUUUGAUGAAGACAAUCCAAUCAACAAGUUUGGAGAACGAUUCAUCUUCACUACUGAGGGUCAUGUGUUCCCUUUGGGAACGAAAUAUCAAAAUGAAAAGACGGGAGGGGACCAUGUUAUUCCGACAGCUUUGGAGAUGUUCACGAAUAGUUCACGCAAGUCUUCUCAUAUCAAUUCAGGUGGAGAUGGGACCAUUCUUUCAAGCUGUGAUAACAAGGGUUUUUUGGAACUUGAGCACGGAUUGCCUUUACAUGAAAUCUAUCUUGCUCAAGUAUUUGACACUUUUGGCAUUUACAGUUGACCACUAUUAUGUAUGAAAAAUUCUACCACUUGAAAAACAAUCAUGUUGCUCUUU